AUGCUCGCUGAAGCCGCAAAGGAGGCCGACUCAGAUCCAGUUUCUCAAACAGCCGAGCUCAAACAGGCAUGCGCUCGGGUCGCAUCACAGUGGCGACCGCGAGAAGACCCGCUGAUGCACACCCUACCACUUGUACGCACAAUCCCGGCUAUCAAUGGCACGCAGCUCCAAAUAGAACUCGACAAGGCAGAGACUCCUGGUCAGCCACUUUGGGUCGCACGCUUGAAGCUGCUCGAACCAGAGUCUAAUGUCCAACGCUGGAUUUCUUUCUGCAGGCAAAUUGUUCACUGGGUAGUGUUCAUAGCCAUCGGCUGGAACAUUGGGAACUCGAGCUUGAGGCACUUCAUCGACCAGUCCUUGGUGUCAUCAUUUCUAAACGGCGGGCACUUUGUUAUGAUGGGAAAGCUCGCAGGCUUAGCAUUUAUGAUGCGCCACGAUCCCGGUCAGGGCCUCUGGGGUGCCAUAUCUUGGUGUGGAGCUACACACCUCGCUAUUCAACUCAACGGGGCUCAACUCGAAAAUUACAUUUACGCACUGCACAGCCUUUCACCAAGAGCCCUCACACAGACUGACUCGAAUGUCUAUCAGUUCAUUCGUUCCACACUUGGCACUACUGGUAUGUAUCGCCAAUGGGAGUUUUUGAGCCUAGUAGCUUUCUUGGUCUCCGCGCGGUAUUACGAAAUUUCCUGGCUACAAAUCAUCAUCACUGUUAUCAAAACUACUCGAGACCGAGAUUUGAAACUGCUUGUGUCUUCAAACUUUCAAAAACUUCGGGUGCUCCGACUUUGCGCUUCGUGGCUGCUGCUAAAGAUCAUGGGUGACAACGAGUCGCUUAUUCCUUUUGGGGUGAAGUUUGGCGUCAAGCAUAGCCCAUUGGUCAUCGUUUAUGCGACGAUUUAUCUUGUCUGGCCGAAUAGCAAAAUCGUUCACAUAUUCUUCAGGGUCAUUUUGUACCUGCUCGCAUACCUUACCUCCAAGGGAUACCCGGUAUACAAGGCAUUUAGAAUGGUUCUUACGCUCCUGUUGGAAACGUUUCUUACGAUCCUGUUUGAAACGCUUCUCCUAUAUGUUCAAGCAAUCGCCUGGUCCUUCUUUACGCACCCAUCAGCAAGGGUUCUCCAAUCGAAGAUAGGGGCCGUGGUUCUCGAAUCUGUCCAAACAGGAGCCUUCUUCCUUAUUAAACCAUUUUCCACCCUACUGAGUGCCCUGAGAGUCAGCAUAUACUUAGACUUGGUAAAAUGGACUCAAGACACUCGCUCUCCAAAGCUGCUUCGUGGGUGUUGCUGGGUAGAGCACACAGCUUCGAAGUUGCUCAAACAGGUGAACUGGAGGGCUUUGCUACAUUCUCCUCUAGACACUUGGUCAGUCACGAUGUUGCUACUUCUGGUGUCCAGCCAUGCAUUUACCCUACUGGCCUUUAGUCUAGGACUCUUAUUCAUUAAUACGAUGAUCGUUAAGAUGGCUUUGACUGAGAAAGUCAUUUGCCAUAUUGAAUCGAAACGCGAUAUGAUGAGAUCAAAGCCGCAAUCGAAUGCGUCAAAGUCGCAAUCGGUUCGAUCUAUCUCUACACAGACCCCCGCGGAUUUAGGAUGA